CGGGCCGGAAGUGGGCGGUGUGCGGAGGGCGACGUAUUUCCGGCGGGGAGCUGGCGGCUGCCGCGGCGGGGAGUCGGUGUCGCGGCGGCCCGGGAACGGCGGCGGUGGCGACCAAUCUUCAGCGAUGUCGUUCAUUUUCGAAUGGCUCUACAACAGCUUCAGCAGUGUGCUGCAGUUCCUAGGUUUAUACAAGAAGUCUGGCAAACUCGUGUUCCUGGGCUUGGAUAAUGCUGGCAAAACCACUCUGCUGCAUAUGCUCAAAGACGACAGGCUGGGCCAGCAUGUCCCCACACUACAUCCCACAUCAGAGGAGCUGACAAUUGCUGGAAUGACCUUCACAACUUUUGAUCUGGGUGGACAUGAACAAGCUCGCCGGGUCUGGAAGAACUACCUGCCGGCCAUCAACGGGAUCGUCUUCCUGGUGGACUGCGCAGAUCACUCACGUCUUAUGGAAUCCAAAGUGGAGCUUAACGCACUAAUGACAGAUGAAACAAUAUCCAAUGUGCCAAUCCUUAUCCUGGGUAACAAAAUCGACAGACCAGAGGCCAUCAGCGAGGAGAAACUGCGGGAGAUCUUUGGGCUCUACGGACAGACCACGGGAAAGGGCAACGUGCCGCUGAAGGACCUGAACGCGCGUCCCAUGGAGGUGUUCAUGUGCAGCGUGCUGAAGAGGCAAGGCUACGGCGAGGGCUUCCGCUGGCUAUCGCAGUACAUUGACUGACACCUGGACGGACACAAAAGGGUUUUACUUCUGGACUGAUCCCGCUCGCAGCUUCCUACGGACUUUUCUAUUAGGACACGGAAGGUUUUCCGACCGCGUUGACCAAGAGACUCCUGUUUUUUUUGGGCUGCCCUCUGGCACAGUGGUGACACAACUCUUUUCCGCAGGGGCAAGGGGGGAGACCGCCGCCGCCCCACACACAACGGAGGGGCGCGGAAUCCCCGCGUCCCCUUCGGUUCGGUUACGGCGGGGCCGGGGGGGAGUCAAACUCCGCGCCGCGACAGCUGAAAAAGAGAGCCCGUCUCACCACUGUGGUCAAUUGACUUCAAAACUAAAAGGAACAACAGCAACAACAGCAACAAAAAGCAAUUAUAUUUUUUAAAAGAAAGUCUUCAUGUAAACGGUGUCCCUUUAACUUUUUAGUUUAACAUCCAUCAUCUCCUUGAGUCCAGGGUAAGGGUUUGUCGUUGGUUUUUUUUUGGUUUGUUGUUUGGUUUGGUUGUUUUGGGUUGUUUUUUUUUUUUUUAAGGACAUAUUUAACGAUAUUUAGGUAUUUCACAAACGAUUGAACCCAGCUAUCACCAUAUUUAGAGAGUCCUCCAGAAAAAAAAAACGUAAGCCUUGGGGCUUUUGCCCAGCCGGCCGGUGGGCAGCUUGCACUGUGCUACGCUGACCGAUGCGGCGGCGGCGCCCGAGGCUGCCGUCGGGACUGACGCGUGGCCAUCCCGGCUUCCGCGGGGGUCUUGGGGAUGAGUCGGAGAGGAAACGUGCCUCUGCUCUCAGCACCAGCAGGUGGUGACCGGUGCUUGUCCCCAGUAGGAUGGGUUUGGUCCCUUCCCUGCACUGCUGGGCUGGACCCCUCCGGUGAGAGCGUGGAAUCUUCUCGCUUGUGAGAACCACGAAGCUGUUCUGGUGGUUGUGGCAUGGCGGUGUUUGGCGUGUGAAUAUCAUGAGGCUGUUGAUUAGACUGAACUGGUUUCUUUUAUACUCAGAUCUAUUUUUUCUUUUGUCUGAAGUUUCAUUACUGUCUGGCACUCAUUUUCAGUUAAAUAAAGACCUGACUUUCUCCUCCCAA